UCGUAUAUUUCAGCAUUAAUUCCAGAUGAGCGGAGCAGCGAGCUGGUUGUAAAAACGUGAUUUAAGUUGGUAUCUGCCGUCUGAGUCACUGCACAGAAAAAAAUCAAACUUUGUUUUCCCGCCACUGAGAGCAUCUGAGACCGCCAGCGAGGAGGAAAACAGGCUGCGGGGGAAGAGAAGGACAAAAUGUCACUGAAGGCUUUAGAGACAAAGUGGAAAUCAGUCCUGAACUCCAUCCUGGAGGAGCUGACCGAGUCCCAGUUCAGGAAGCUGCUGUUUAACCUGGAGAAAAUCCCCCAGGGUGUGAAGAGCGGCAAGGUCAGAGAGGAGAUGCCUCAGAUCAUCAUCCAGUACUUCGGCACAGAAGCGUCCAUCGCUCUAAUCGAUAAAGAAAUGAGGCAGAUACCGAGGAUGGACGCGAGGGUCCAGGACCUGCUGCAGCCCAUGGUGGACAGACUGAAGAAACAACGCCAGAAAAACAAGGGGGCGACGGGGAAACUUGCAUGUUCCUCGGGGACGGUGGCCAAGAGGCAAAAACCUGCAGCUGUUGCGACGAGCAAACUCGCAGCCGACUCAGCGGCCAAGAGGCAAAAACUCGCAGCUGUUCCACAGAAGAGCUGCCAACCUGCCAAGGUUGAUGCUGCGAAGCCCAAACGGAAGAAGGCAGAUUCAUCGCUGAAACCUUCUGGAUCCACCAAAACCUCCAAGGUCCAGAGUGGCGCCGCCCAGCCGGGCAAAAUGAAACCAGCAGGACUCAAAAAGGCCAGUAAGAAGAACGCUCACCUGGAGGAACUGGACUUCAACUUCCUGUUCUAGAUGUUUACUGCGAGAAAUUACUUGUAGCUUCAAGCUGGAGCGUGCGCACAAUAGAAAGAUGUAAAAACGUGUGUAGAAGGUGUUUAAGCUAUGUUGCUUUGUGUUUUUCAGAGAUGCCAGUGCUCCAUCAGAGGCCGUCUGUCCUCUGCAUGUCCUUUCUGUUUAGCUUUUGUCUGAAUAAAGAGUCACUUGUGGCAGUCAACCCA